UAAAAGAUAUAUAUUUUCCAACAAGCUCAUCCCAAUGCGUUUAGUGUUGUACAAAACCAAGCACUUUCAUAACCAACACUCGCGAAUUCGCCAUGACGAUGGAAAUGCUUCUUCCAAGUCUACCAAACGAGAUUCAAGACGAAAUCUUUCAGUACCUUUCAUUGUCUGAUUGCUGGGUUUUAGCUCGUGUGUGCAAAGCUUGGCGAUUCAUGGUCUUAAACUGGCAACCGUUAUGGAGUUGCUUAGUCACGCUCCUAAAACGCUCUAUUGUACCGGACAUACUUCCAUAUAUAAGGUUAUCAAUUUCAUUCAUGAGCAAGGUUUCUAUGCGAUUUCGAAAGGUUAGCUUUUGAGUGAGGAGCCAAGAAAGUAAGGAAAAUAGCGGAGUGAUUCUAAACUGCUAUACUAUAUCAUAGUGGAUCUGUACGGGCAGGAAC